UACUUGCACAAAUUAUGCUGAGUCAGAGUGAGUGUAAAAUCUGAGUUUCCCGUAUAGUCAAGUGGCCGCUAGGUAGUGGUAUGGGGCUGCUCAGUGUUGGUACUGCGCUGUCGUGGAGUGAGACGAAGAAAUAUGCUUAUCAUGUGAAGAAGGCGGGAGUUCAGCAGUUUCUAGCGAUUUACAACAGACUGAAAGGUCGGAAGAAAGACGCACUGAAAUGGGGAGAUGAGCUUGAAUACACGCUUGUAUAUUUUGAUCAUGAAAAGAAGCAAGCUAAGCUAUACAUCAAUGGACCAUCAAUUUUGGAAAAGUUACAAGCGAAACAAGAGGAGGAUGCAUCAAAAUCAUCUAUAUGGGUGCCAGAGUAUGCAAGCUACAUGUUGGAAGCCACUCCUGGCAAACCGUGGGUGUUUAUUGGUGAUUUGUCUGAGUUUAAUACUGUUGAAGCAAACAUGAAGCUGCGUCGUCAGCAGGCAUUGACGAUGUUGGAGGGAACUGGCGUGUCGUUGCUGACAAUUACAGCAUUUCCGAGAAUUGGCUGUCCUUCCUUCACCGAACCUUUGGCACUGCCAAGCCAAGACGGAGUUUGUCGUUCCUUAUUUUUUCCUGAUGAAGCAAUUUAUCCCACACAUCCUCGCUUUAGGACGUUGACAAAAAAUAUUCGUGAACGUAGAGGAGCUAAAGUGGCAAUGAAUCUUCCUAUUUUUCGGGAUGUCAACACUCCCAGUCCAUUUACAGAAACAUUAGACGACGACGAUGCCAGAGCUGCUGCACUUCCUGACCAUGUCUACAUGGAUGCAAUGGGUUUUGGGAUGGGAUGCUGUUGUCUACAGAUGACGUUUCAGGCUUGUAGCAUUGAAGAGGCACGAUUUCUGUAUGAUCAAUUGAUUCCUAUAUGUCCUGUUGUGAUGGCUCUCUCUGCUGGUUCUCCCGCAUUUCGAGGUUACCUGACAGAUACUGACUGUCGUUGGGAUGUCAUAUCUGGAUCAGUUGACUGCAGAACAAAGCAAGAAAGAGGCUUAGAACCGCUGACGAGUGACAAAUUUGUGAUCCCAAAGUCGCGAUAUGGCACGGUUGACUCAUAUCUGUGCACUGAGAAAUACAACGAUAUUGACGUAGUGCGUGAUGAAGAAUUCUUUCGCUUAUUGAAAGAUGGAGGUGUAGACGAGUUGAUUGCACAACAUGUUGCUCACUUGUUCAUACGGGAUCCUGUCUCACUUUUCCAAGAAAAACUAGAACAAAGCAUCGAGACAGACGCUGAUCAUUUUGAGAAUAUUCAAUCAACAAAUUGGCAGUCAAUGCGGUUCAAACCUCCUCCACCUAAAUCAGACAUCGGAUGGCGAGUUGAGUUUCGAGUUUGUGAAAUCCAGAUGACAGAUUUUGAAAAUGCUGCAUUCGCUUGUUUUGUGGUUUUAUUGACUCGAGUUAUUCUCUCUUUUGGUCUCAACUUCUAUUUACCUAUCUCGAAGGUUGAUGAGAAUACAAAAGUAGCUCAGAGGAAGGAUGCUGUUAGGAAUGAGAAGUUUUACUUUAGACGGAAACCGUUUCCUGAUGAUUGUGAAGUUGUCGAUGGGGAAUUAGAGUAUGAACAGAUGAGCAUCAAUACGAUUGUUAAUGGAAAGAAGGGACACUUUCCUGGUUUGAUACCUUUGAUGAAUCGCUACCUUGACAGUGUGGAUGUCGACGCAGAAACACGCUGCACCAUCUCGGUUUACCUCAAAUUGAUUGAACAAAAAGCAAAUGGAGAGCUGAUGACAACAGCAAGAUGGAUGCGAGAGUUCAUAACGAGUCACCAUGACUACAGACGGGAUUCGUGUGUAUCAGAAUUAAUUAAUUAUGAUUUGAUGUGUGCAAUCGAUCGUUUCAUGCGAGGUGAAGAAUCAUGUCGACAACUAGUUGGAGAUCUCACUUCUUCCACAUGACCACUGAUGUAGUUGAUGUAGUUGAUGUAGUUGAUGUUGUUGAUGUUGCUGAUGUUGGUGUUGCUGCAUGAUGAAGUUAGUACAUACGACUUGCUGGAAACGAAUGAAA